AUGGAGGGGACGCUGACGGCCCGCGACAAGGUCGGGGUGCAGGACUUUGUGCUGCUGGACGCGCACACCAGCGAAUCCGCCUUCGUGGACAAUCUUCGCAAGCGCUUCAACGAGAACCUCAUCUACACCUACAUCGGGACGCUCCUGGUGUCUGUGAAUCCCUACCAGGAGCUGGGGAUCUACACCGUGAGCCAGAUGGAACUCUACCAAGGGGUCAGUUUCUUUGAGCUGCCGCCGCAUGUCUACGCCAUUGCGGACAACGCUUACCGCAUGAUGUGCUCGGAGCUCAACAACCACUUCAUCCUCAUCUCUGGAGAGAGCGGGGCGGGGAAAACCGAGGCCUCCAAGAAGAUCCUGCAGUAUUUCGCAGUGACCUGCCCAAUGACCGAGUCGCUACAGAUAGCCCGAGACAGGCUGCUGCUCUCCAAUCCAGUGCUGGAGGCUUUUGGAAAUGCCAAAACACUCCGGAACGACAACUCCAGCCGGUUUGGAAAAUACAUGGACAUCCAGUUUGACUUUCAGGGCAUUCCCGUCGGCGGGCACAUCAUCAGUUACUUGAUUGAAAAGUCCCGAGUCGUCUAUCAGAACCAGGGUGAGCGGAAUUUCCACAUCUUCUACCAGCUGCUGGCCGGCGGAGAGGCYGAUCGCCUGGCUCACCUGGGCCUCGAGCGAGACCCCCGGCUGUAUAAGUACCUCUCGCAGGGUCAUCGUGCCAAGGAGUCAUCUCUUAAUGACAAGAACGACUGGAAAACUGUUUCCAAYGCCUUUUCUGUCAUCGAUUUUACCAAAGCUGACCUCGAGAAUCUCUUUGGCGUCAUCGCCAGUGUCCUGCACCUGGGGAACGUCUGUUUUGAGGAGGACCCCCAGGGCUGUGCCACCGUCCCCGACACUCACGAGAUCAAGUGGAUCGCCAAGCUCCUGGGGGUCUGUCCAUCUGUCCUUCUGGACGCUCUCACCCACCGAAAGAUCGAAGCCAAGACAGAGGAGGUGAUCUGCCCGCUGACCCCAGGACACUCUGUCUACGCCAGGGACGCCAUGGCCAAGGCCGUGUAUGGACGGACCUUCACGUGGCUGGUCAACAAGAUCAACUCCUCCCUGGUGAACCAGGAUGUCACCAAAAAAACGGUGAUUGGAUUGCUGGAUAUCUAUGGGUUCGAGGUCUUUGACAAGAAUGGUUUUGAACAGUUUUGUAUAAAUUACUGCAAUGAGAAGCUCCAACAGCUGUUAAUAGAGAGGACCCUGAAGGCAGAACAGGCAGAAUAUGAGAUGGAAGGGAUCGAGUGGGAGUCCAUUCAGUAUUUCAACAACAAGAUCAUCUGCGAUUUGGUGGAGGAGAGGCACAAAGGGAUCAUCUCCAUUCUGGAUGAAGAGUGCCUGCGCCCCGGCCCGGCCACGGACCUGAGCUUCCUGGAGAAGCUGGAGGAGACAGUGGGCGCGCAUGCGCACUUCCAGACCCGUAAGCUGGCGGGGCCCAAAGGCCGGAAGAGGAUUGGCUGGAUGGAGUUCCAGCUGCUCCACUACGCGGGAGAGGUCACCUACUGCACCAAGGGAUUCUUGGAGAAAAACAACGACCUCUUGUACAGACACCUGAAGGAAGUGCUGUGCAGGUCCAGCAACAGAAUCCUGAGGGAAUGCUUCCUGGUGGCUGAGCUAGAAAACCGGAGGAGGCCACCAACGGUGGGGACUCAGUUUAAGGACAGCCUGGGCAGCCUCCUGGAAAUGCUCAUCUGCAAGGAGCCCUCCUACAUCCGCUGCAUCAAGCCCAACSACACCAAGGAGCCCAGCAAGUUCGAUGACUUCCUCAUCAGACACCAGAUCAAGUACCUGGGGCUCAUGGAGCACCUGCGGGUGAGGCGGGCCGGCUUUGCGUACCGCAGGAGAUACGAGCAUUUCUUGCAAAGGUACAAGUCCUUGUGCCCAGACACCUGGCCACACUGGCAUGGGCCUCCGGGAGAGGGCGUAGAACGGCUGAUCAAGUACAUCGGUUACAGACCCGAGGAGUACAAGUUAGGGAAAACCAAAAUAUUCAUUCGUUUCCCCAGAACCCUGUUUGCUACGGAAGAUGCCUUUGAAUUUAGUAAACAUCAAUUAGUUGCGAGAAUCCAAGCCACGUACAAGGGCCGCCUAGGAAGAAGGGAAUACGUGAAGAAGCGACAGGCAGCCACCAAACUGGAAGCCCACUGGCGUGGAGUCYUGGCUCGAAGGGAGGUCCAGCGGAGAAGGUGGGCAGUGCAGGUAAUAAGAAGGUUCAUCAAGGGAUUCAUCCAUCGCCACAGACCCCUCUGCCCUGACAACGAGGAGUUCAUAGUGUUCGUGCGGAAGAAUUACAUCCUGAAUCUUCGGAAUCAUGUUCCGAAGAAUGUGUUGGACAAGAGCUGGCUGCGCCCUCCGGGCAUCCUGGAACACGCCUCCGACCUGCUCAGGAAGAUGUGCCUGAGGAACCUGGUUCGCAAGUACUGCCGCGGGGUGACAGAUGAGCGGAGAGCCAUGAUGCAGCAAAAGGUGGUUACAAGUGAAAUAUUCAGGGGGAAGAAAGAAGGCUACGCAGACAGCUUACGCCAGCCCUUUGCCACCAGUCGGAUAGAUGAAGGAGACAUUCACCCCAAGGUGCUCCAACUAAUCGGCAGUGAGAAAGUCGAGUAUGGUGUCCCGGUCAUCAAGUACGACAGGAAAGGCUUCAAGGCUCGGCGGCGGCAACUCAUCCUCACUCGGAAAGUGGCUUAUGUGGUGGAAAUGGCCAAGAUCAAGCAGAAGAUAGAGUACUCGGCGCUCAAGGGUGUCUCCACCAGUAGUCUGAGUGAUGGGAUCUUGGUCAUUCAUGUGUCACCAGAAGACAUCAAGCAGAAGGGGGACGCCGUCUUACAGUGUGAACACCCGUUUGAGGCGGUUACUAAACUGGUCAUGCUGGUUAAGAAGGAGAACAUGGUAAACGUUGUUCAAGGAAGUUUACAGUUUUAUAUUAGUCCUGGGAAAGAAGGCACAAUAGUUUUCCAUACUGGACCCGAAGAACACAUCUAUAAAGAUAAAAGUGGACAGUUAACRGUGGUGUCUGUUCGGAGGAAGUCCUGA